AUGGACGUUUCAGCUAUCGCAGAAUCUGUACGUCGGAAACUGGAUGAGCGGAUCCCUCGUACAGAAUGGACGGAAGAGGAGCGCACCUGGUACAAAGAAGAUAAGAAACGGCGAAAGGAGGCGGAGGCAGCCCUGAAAAAGCACGUCGAUCUCGAGGGAAACGUUCCGUCGCCCAGUGAAGAAGCGGUUCUCUCUGCGCAGCUAGAGUCCCUGAAAAUGGACGCUGACGCGCCCGCGUUUGGCCGCUAUACGUUAAAGGCGCUGACGACGAGCUCUUGUGGCGAUGACUCUGUGCGACGCACCUGGGUAGAGGCUGGAACGCUGGGUGUCGCACAUCCGGCGUGUGCCACGAACCAGGAGGUCUGGUUGAGGGGACGUGUUCAGACCGUGCGCGCCCAGGGCUCCAAGGUGGCCUUCUUGGUGCUUCGUCACCAGUACGCCACUGUGCAAGUAGUUCUCGUGGCUGACUCAGUACCAUCCGUAACCCGUGACAUGGUUCGCUGGCUGGCACGCUCCGGGGAAGUGACCCCCGAAAGCGUUGUGGAUAUCUGCGGCAUCUUGGUGCCUGCACAGGUCAAGUCGUGCACACAGAACGAUGUCGAAGUUCACGCCCGACGCAUUUAUCUAGUGAGCCGGGCGCGAGUCCCGCUUCCGUUUGAAAUCGCUGACGCUAGCAGGAGGGCGGAUGAAGAUGGCCCCCAUGUACACCGGGACACUCGACUAGACCACCGUUUUAUGGAUUUGCGAGUUCCAGCGCACCAGGCGAUUUUGCGUUUGCAGUCCGGAGUUUCGACGCUAUUUCGUGAAUGGCUCGUUGCACAUGGAUUUACGGAAAUCCAUACGCCCAAAAUCAUCGGUGGAUCCAGCGAGGGUGGCGCAGAGGUAUUCCGUCUACGCUACUUCGACGAAAAUGCGUGUCUAUCGCAAUCGCCCCAGCUGUACAAGCAAAUGGCGAUUUGCGGAGACAUGCGUCGAGUAUUCGAAGUAGGGCCAGUCUUUCGAGCGGAGAACUCAAAUACUUACCGCCACCUUACCGAAUUUGUAGGUCUUGAUAUUGAAAUGGAGAUCCAGGAAAGCUAUCACGAGAUCCUGGACGUCCUCGAACAACUCUUUCAGCACAUUUUCGAAGGUCUGGAGCAGCGCUUUGGGGCGGAGCUUUCUAGCAUCCAGCGCCAAUAUCCGUUUCAACCGCUCCGUUAUAAGCGAGGUCGCGGUCUCCGCUUAACCCAUCGCCAGGCAGUGGACCUGUUACGUGAGCACGGCGAGCAAGUCGACGAUCUGGUCGACUUUACCAGCGAGCAGGAAAAGGCACUCGGCGAAAUCGUGAGCAAGGAGUUUCAAACGGACUUUUAUGUGAUUGACCGGUUCCCCGCAAAGUGCCGUCCUUUUUAUACAAUGCCUUCGCCCGACGACUCGCGGUACAGCAACGCUUUCGAUGUUUUCAUGCGGGGCGAGGAAAUCGUCUCGGGUGCACAGCGUAUCCAUGACGUCGACCUGCUCCGACAACGCAUCACCGAGAAAGGCCUCGACCCCGCCACCUUGCAGAGCUACGUUGAAGCUUUUCAGUAUGGAGUUUUUCCCCAUGGCGGUGCUGGUAUCGGUCUAGAAAGGGUGGUCAUGCUGUACCUAGGAAUCGGAAACAUUCGAGAGUGUUCGAUGUUUCCUCGUGAUCCGAAGCGCCUCUAUCCUUGA